GAUAAUUGUUUAAGCGUUAAAUUUUUUACAUUCUUUCUCAAAAUAUCCCACCUCUUUAUUGAACUAGCAAACAAAGAAUAUAAGCGUUGCACAACUCCAUAAGAAUCUUUUACCUUUAUAGAAUUAUUUCCAAUAUCACAUAAAACCAAAUUAAGACUAUGACAAACACAUGGUGUAUAAAAUGCUCUAGGAUUUAUAUACAAAAGUUUUUUUUUGUACAUCUUGUUGGCUUCCUUUCAUAUUAGAUCCAUUAUCAUAACAUUGACAUCUCACGUUAUGGAUAUCUAGAUCUAGAGAUUGUAAUACUUCUUUUAACACUUCGAAAAGUUUAUGCCCCGCUGUGGUAACCACCGAGCAGCUUUUGAAAUGGACGGUACCACUUACCAAAGAUUCCCAAAGAUCAAUAUCCGUGAGCUUAAAGAUGACUACGCCAAGUUUGAGCUUCGUGAAACCGACGUUUCAAUGGCCAACGCUCUCCGUCGCGUAAUGAUCUCCGAAGUCCCCACCAUCGCAAUAGAUCUCGUCAACAUCGAGGUUAAUUCCUCUGUUCUCAACGACGAGUUCAUUGCUCAACGACUUGGUCUCAUCCCUCUCACUAGCGAGCGUGCUAUGAGCAUGCGGUUCUGUCAAGAUUGUGAUGCUUGUGAUGGAGAAGGACAAUGCGAGUUUUGCUCUGUUGAGUUUCCGCUUAGUGCUAAGUGUGUUACUGACCAAACCCUAGAUGUUACUAGUAGAGAUCUCUACAGUGCUGAUCCUACUGUUACUCCUGUUGAUUUCACUAUUGACUCGUCUGCUUCUGAUUCAAGCGAGCAAAAGGGAAUUACCAUUGUGAAACUGCGCAGGGGACAAGAGUUGAAGCUUAAGGCGAUAGCGAGGAAAGGAAUUGGGAAAGAUCAUGCAAAAUGGUCUCCUGCAGCUACUGUUACGUUUAUGUAUGAGCCUGACAUUAUUAUCAAUGAAGACUUGAUGGACACUUUGACAGACGAGGAGAAAAUAGACUUGAUUGAGAGCAGUCCAACCAAAGUUUUUGGCAUUGAUCCAGUCACCAGACAGGUUGUGGUGGUUGAUCCUGAAGCAUACACUUACGAUGAAGAAGUGAUCAAGAAAGCAGAAGCCAUGGGAAAACCAGGACUCAUUGAGAUCUAUCCGAAACAUGAUAGUUUUGUAUUCACUGUUGAGUCCACAGGUGCACUGAAGGCUUCCCAGCUGGUACUAAAUGCCAUAGACAUCCUGAAGCAGAAGCUUGAUGCAAUCUGUCUCUCAGAUGACACUGUAGAAGCUGAUGAUCAGUUUGGUGAACUCAGUGCCCAUAUGCGUGGAGGAUGAACUCGUGGCUAAUUCGAUAACAACAUGUGAAGAUCAGAGUAAUAUAUUAAUUGUAGGGGCACUGUCUUAUUCGAUAACAACAUGUGAAGAUCUUAUUAUAAUUGUAGGGGCACUGUCUUAUUUGGUAACAACA